AAAGCAGUCGUGUUCAAAGGGCCCGGGAAGAUCGUUGUCGAAGACCGUCCGAUACCCCAGAUCAAAGACGAUGGGGAUGUGAUUGUUAAGGUUGAUAAGACGGCGCUUUGUGGAAGGUAAUUAUGAAUCCCGGUUUUCUUUUUUGCUUUCGACCUGUUCGGAGAGAGAGAGAGAGAGAAGAAGAGAUGAAAAAGGGAGAUGUUCGAAGAAAGGGCGAGAGAGAAGAAAGAGACGUAUACCACCACCAUCAUCAACGCAUAUUUCUAACGCGCCCCGGAUACCAACAGUGAACUCCACGUCUUCCGCGGCCACCAACCGUCACCAACCGACUUCAUCAUGGGCCACGAAUUCACCGGCGUCGUGCACGAGGUCGGCUCGGGCGUCAAGACGCUCAAAAAGGGCGACAAGAUCGUCAGCCCGUUCACCGUGUCCUGCGGCUCCUGCUUCUACUGCUCGCGCGGGUUCUCCUCCCGCUGCGAGAAGUGCCAGCUCUUCGGCUCGCAGGGCCUGGAUGGCGCGCAGGCGCAGUACGUCCGGGUGCCGCUGGCGGACUCGACGGCCGUGAAGGCACCAGAGGGGAUCAAGGACGAGGCGCUCGUGCUCAUGGCGGAUAUCUUCCCGACGGGUUACUUUGCGGCGUGGAAUGGGUUCAAGGACUUCUCAGCUGAGGAGAUCGCAGAGGCGACUGUCGUGCUGAUUGGGUGUGGGCCCGUCGCGCUGUGCUCACUCGUCAACAUCGUAGACUACAAGCCGAAGCACAUUCUCGCGGUGGACUCGGUGCCGUCGAGGCUGGAGCUGGCGAAGGAGCUUGGAGCCGAGCCGUGGAACUUCCAGACGGACCGUAAAGGAUUAGAUGCGAGGGUGAAGGAGCUCACGGACGGGAGGGGUGCCGACAUUGUGAUUGAGAUUGUGGGGUUGAGUCCCGCGCUGCAGAUGGGCUUCGAUUUGCUGAGGCCUUGGGGUGUGAUCAGCAGUGCGGGCGUGCAUAAUGGGGAGAUUCCGUGGAAUGGAAAUCAGGCGUAUGGGAAGAAUCUACGGGUUCAGAUGGGUCGUUGCCCAGUCAGGAGCGUGUUUGAGAAGUCGCUGGAGAAGCUGAAGGAGAAGCAGCAUUUGCUUGGGUUCAUGGCCGACAAGAUUAUGCCAUUGACAGAUGCCGUGGAGGCAUACGAUUUGUUUGACAAGAUGAAGGUACAAAAGGUGGUUUUUGAGGCCCAGAAGUAACGUCAAUGAGUACUGGUAUGGAAAUGGGUUGAACGUACGGAGUAAAAGUGUAAAUACGGAGAUAGAUGGAUAAAGAUAGAGACGAUUUGUGUGGGGAAGGAGCCACAGGACGCAGAAUGCAGGGCAGGACAGGGAGGCUGGACCAAUGGGAUCGCCGGAUUGACGGGGACAAAAGAAUGCAACAGUUUCCGAGGUUGAUUUUCAAGCCAAUUGGAAGACUAUACGGAGUACUGCAAGCAAACAAACAUCUUGUACGGCAUUAGUAUUUUCGCUCCGUUACAUUUAAU